GCGUCGGGGAAAAGGAAUCCUGCUGCUCUCAUCUAUCUCUCUCCCCACUGUCUGAUUCAUCACAUAGUCUGAACUAGUACUAGUAGAGUAGUAGAAGAAGAAGAAUCUGCACUGUUCUGUAAAGUUUUAUAAUAGACACAAAUACAUACAUAGACAUUCUCUGUUCCCUUCACAGCCUACCACUUUCUUAGCAACACAGGGAUAGCUUCUUAUCAAACAUAACUACAAAUACUAUUUCCUACUCAACACCCUUUCCCCCUCUUAUUUUUUUCUUCUUGCCCGUAUGUAAUUUUCUUGAAUAUGGGUGAAGAAUCAUUAGCACUAAAUCCAUCAGAAAGGACUAUCGAACAGGCAAUUGUGACUCUGAAGAAGGGUGCACAACUUUUGAAGUGUGGCCGAAGAGGAAAGCCAAAGUUCUGUCCUUUCAGGCUAUCAUCGGAUGAGAAACUUUUGAUUUGGUAUUCUGGUCAAGAGGAACGUCAAUUGAGAUUAGCUUCAGUAACAAAUGUUAUUCGUGGGCAAAAGAAUAAGCCACUUCCAUCAGAAAGAGAAUGCCAGUCUAUUUCACUACUGAUAGCCAACCGUGAACACUCUCUUGAUCUGAUUUGCAAAGACAAAACUCAAGCUGAUUCUUGGUUUAUUGGCCUAAGAGCUUUAAUAUCUAGGAGUACCCAUCUUAGAUUGUUUCGAACCUCUGAAAGUGGAAGAUCAGCGCAAAGUUGUGUAAAUAGUCCAGCUGGUUAUAUGAGAAGGAAGCAGAAUCUUGGACUUUCAGAGGAUACCACUACCAGAAUAUCAAAGGUCCGCAGUUUAGCAGGGAGUCCACCUCAGUCAUGUUCAGAAUCAGAGAAGUGUUUUCCUGAUGGACUUUCUUGUUCUUCAAAUAGCUUUUAUUCGGAAUCAAGUCUGUCCAGCAUGCAAAAUAUAAUGAAUUCAUUAACACCAAAUUCUCCAUAUAUUGCACCAGAUGAUCUCAACAAAAGAGGAAAAAAAUCUGCAAGCGCAGAAACACAAAUUAGUAUGCUUGAUCGGUUUAUGACACCUGCUAAUGAGUCAUCAAAUGAUAUAUUAAGAGAUAUAUUUUUUUGGGGAGAAGGACUAGAAUCAGGAACUUUGAGAGGUGUGGUUGACAAAAUUGAUUGCAUCAGCAACAUGACGGUGGAUGCAUUAUUGCCUCAGUUAUUAGAAUCGACUACAAUGCUUGAUGUGCAAAAGGUAUCUGUUGGAGGAAAGCAUGCCGCUUUAGUAACUAAACAGGGGGAAGUCUUCUGCUGGGGCGAUGGGAGUGGAGGGAAGCUUGGUCAUAAGGUCAACAUGGAUAUCUCCUGCCCAAAAGUUGUUGAAUCGCUUGCUGGCAUCCAUGUAACCUCUGUAGUUUGUGGUGAAUAUCAAACUUGUGCAGUUACACAUUCUGGUGAUCUUUAUGCAUGGGGAGACAAUUUUCAUGGUACUGAUAUAUCUGUUUCCAACAGGAUAAGAAAUAAUUGGUUCCCUCGUAGGCUUUCUGGUAUAUUAGAUGGCUUAAUCAUAUCAAAAGUUUCAUGUGGUCAUUGGCAUACAGCAAUCUUGUCAACAUCUGGGCAGCUAUUCACCUAUGGAGAUGGGACUUUCGGUGUUCUUGGGCAUGGGUCUACUCAGAGCAUUUCUGAACCAAAAGAAGUUGAAUCUCUGAAGGGGUUAAGAGUAAAAUCUGUGUCAUGUGGAUCAUGGCAUACAGCUGCUAUAGUGGAUAUUAUGGUUCACCAUCUCAAAUCUGAUGAUCCUGCUGGUAAACUUUUUACUUGGGGUGAUGCGGAUAAAGGAAGGCUUGGACAUCCUGAUCAAGAGAUGAAGCUUGUACCAACAUGUGUUGCACAACUAGUUGAUCAUGAUUUUAUUCAAGUAUCAUGUGGAAGAAUUUUAACUGUCGGUUUAACUAAUGUUGGAACAGUUUAUACAAUGGGAAGUUCAGUGCAUGGACAAUUAGGAAAUCCACAAGCAGCAGAUAAAUCAGUUACCAUUGUUCAAGGAAAGCUUAAACAUGAGUUUGUACGAGAAAUCUCAUCAGGUUCUUUUCAUAUUGCUGCCUUAACGUCAAGAGGAAAGGUGUAUACAUGGGGAAAAGGUGCCAAUGGACAGUUAGGACUAGGUGGUACAGAAGAUAAAAGCUCUCCUGCUCUAGUGGAGGCUUUAAGGGAUAGGCAAGUAGAAAGUAUUGCAUGCGGAUCAAGUUCUACAUCUGUAAUUUGUCUACACAAAUCUAUAUCCAGUACUGACCAGUUAGCAUGUAGAGGAUGCAACCUGGUUUUUGGGUUAACAAGGAAAAAACAUAACUGUUACAAUUGUGGUCUUUUGCUUUGUCGUGCAUGUAGUAGCAAGAAAUCUCUACAUGCCUCACUGGCAUCUGAUAAAAGCAGACCAUCUAGAGUUUGUGAUCAGUGUUUCAAUCGCUUACAGAGGACAGCAAAUCCAAAUAAGCUUGGAGCAAUCAGUCCACGGCCAGAAUUAAUCAAACAGAAGGGAUUUAUCACUGAAAGAAGUAACACUGAAGAUGUGAUUGCACCUUCAAAAACCUUUCAUAGCAAUAAUAGCCAAUGCGGAGAUCUUAAUACCAUAAAAGAUGAAAAAGAAGUUGAGAACCCUCGAGAUGCCAAUUCUCCAUUGUCAGGUGGGUUACCAAGAUGUGGACAGGUUCUUUCCCCUAUAUAUUUUGGUCGGAAAUACAGUGAGUGUAGCCUUAAUCCUGCUACUGAAGAUCUAUUAACUUGCAACUUUGCCACUGCUGAGAGAGGUUCAAAGUCAAACUAUGUUCAUGCCAAAGAAGUCGAGGACUUGAAAGCUCAGGUUGAGGUUCUUCAAAAGCUAUGCCAUACUAGACAGCGAAAAAUUGAGGAAUGUCAAGGUAAAAUUGAGGAGACUUGGUCAAUAGCAAAGGAGGAAGCUGCGAAGUCAAAAGCAGCCAAGGAAGUUAUAAUUGCUUUAACCUCAAGGCUUCAUAUGAUGUCAGAGAAGCUUUGUGCUGGAAGAGAACCCAAAGAUCAAUCUUGUGCAAAUAUGUCCCAAAUAAUUCCGACAUGUGCAGAGACCCCCACCGUAAAGGAGGUCCACCCUAUGUUUGUUGUUACAAAUGUGAAUCCUGCAAUCCGAAGACUAGAAGAAAGAACUGUUGAUAGCUCAUGUAACAGUCCGCUAUUGUUUUCUAGUAAGAUAAGAGCCUUGUCCAGUAGAGAAUCCAACAGUAGUGAGGGUAGAUCAGCUGAAGAAUCAUGUGGAAUGAGAAUAAACUCCAAACAAAAUGAGAUUAAACCAAAGGUUGAUUGGGUCGAACAGUAUCAACCUGGUGUGUAUAUCACAUUUACGAUUUUGCCGAGCGGGCAGAAAGGCCUUAAGCGAGUUAGAUUCAGUAGGAGAAAGUUCACGGAUAAAGAAGCAGCAACAUGGUGGGACAAGAAUCAUCUAGAAGUUUACCAGAGUUAUGGAAUCGAAGAAUAUGUAGGCUCAAACCAAGACUAAGACACAUCAAAAUGCUGAAUAUUUGCUAUAUUAGUCACUAGGGCAGUGACAAUAGAGACGUUACUACUUGGGCAGAAGCCUAAACAAGAUCGUGUAUAGGGUCAACAAAGACGGGAAGAACAAUGUACAACUUUUAGUCUCUCCAUGCAUGACACAGAUAUAUAUACCUCAGCGUAACAGAUGAUCUGUCUAUAUGAUGAACACAUACUAGGGUAUGCAGUCUUUUUGUUUUAUAGUUGCGGCAGAGUUUCUUAAUGUAAACACUUUUUUUACUGCUUCCCUGAGAAAAAACCUCUUUACGA